CCGCCGACCUUUGGACUAACUCGCCUGGGAGGCAUUUUAACUGGCUUUUCGCGGCGACGUUUCCUAGGAAAAUUACCGCGUACACGUUUACAAUAAGCAUCCACCGUAUCUUGUAUAUAUUUAUUUCUGAAGUACUAACUACGAUGUCAUUUACGUCAGUUAUCUCGCGGUAAGAUGAAGACCAUUCUCUCAUGUUCUAAUGUAAAAAUUAUCGUAGUCGAAUGCUUGUUUGUGAGGUCAUGUAAUGUCAUAACGUCUUUCUACGUUCUUAUCAUAAAGAUAAUGAAUUUUCUUGUUUUUCCAUUUUAUUCACAAGAUUUUCAUCGUUAGCCGUUGCGCCUUCCUCUUGUUUUACGCUACGUCAUUGCCUAGUUCUGCGGAGAAUGGCUUCACAACUUCCAGCCGGUUGUACAGUUGUGCGAGGACAGUUCGAAUCUUUACCCGCCAAAGUGCAAGAAUACAUUGCUGACAAAGCCGAACUGUGCAAGCCGGACAAUAUUUAUAUUUGUGAUGGAUCGAAAGAAGAGAACGAAACACUUGUCAACGAGCUGAUCGAGUCUGGUGUAGUUCUGAAACUUCACAAAUAUGACAACUGGUAAGCUUUUAAUAGAUUGCGUUAUUUUCAUGGCAAUGUUCCGCAUGUAGUUAGUCUAUCACGAUUUGUUAUUUUAUCAAAAAAAGAAAAAGUUGCACUGUCAGUAAUCUUGUGUUGAUUUUACUUACACUGAUUCACACCUUAAGUACUCAAGAUGUCCCAUAGAAAUACUAAAACAAAGUUUCCUUCUGUUUUAUCUUUUGACUAAAGCCAAAGUAUUUUCACUUCUAAUCCUACUCAGUUUUUUGAUCGAAAACUCGUCUCUUCCCGUAGCAUUUUGGCUCGAACUGAUCCUCGCGACGUGGCGCGUGUCGAGUCUAAAACAUACAUCUGCACUGAAGACAAGCGAGAAUCAGUACCACAGGUCAAAGAGGGAGUUAAAGGACAGUUGGGCAAUUGGAUGAGUAUAGCGGCUAUGAAGAAAGAGUUGGAUAAAAGAUUUCCUGCGUGUAUGAAAGGUAUGUGCCAUGAUUGUGAUUCUCCAGUGAUUCGUAUGUGAAGUCAUAUUGUAAAAUCAUCGCAUUUAAGCCUUCAUAUCACAAUUUUGCUCUGUGUUACGUGGUUCCAUUUGUAUAAGCUGUUUUCGAACGACUUUUUCGUUUGCGAAUUCAGAAAAAUCCAAACUUCAUAGUCGUGCUGUCAUGAUAAUGGUUUGCUUGUCUUCUGUUUUGUGAUUGGUUUAAGUUAGAAGGUGUGUCAAGGGGCACGCCACGUAAAUAGAAUAUUGUUAAGUGCUUGUAAUGAUCAAAGGUCGUUUUGAGUCUUCUUGCGUUUAAAACAUGUUGAAAAUAGUGUUCCUUGUCUCAUAAAGGUUCUCCUAAUGUCUUACUUGUAGAAACAGAUUUUUAGUAAUGAAAAAAAAUUGUGAGAUCUUGGUGGAUUUGUUUUUAAUUUGGUUUCUGCUGAGUAGAGUUGAACAUUUUUGUCAAAUGCUGUGUCAUGUUAAUUUCUGAUGCACUUCCUGAAAUUAAUAUCAUAUCACGUUGAAUCAUUAGUUAUAUUUGACAUGUUGUAUUUCAAAGAGCUGAUUGAAAACACUUAAAAUGUUUGUUUGUUUUUUUGUGUGUCAUAUUCCUUUGUCAUAUUCCUUUUACUUUCUCAGUGGUUGCUCCCUUGUUAUUGUACAGGGAAACCCUGUCUUACCCCACACUUCUUCCUGGUUUCUCUUAUAGAUCCACAAGCAGCACAUACACUGUAGCUAGGAUAAUAAACAUAAAUUUCUUGUAAAGUGUGCAUGCUGUGUGUUCAUUACUUGUAGUUGCUUUAUUUUGACUUUAAAAAUACUAAGGGCUUGAAGUGCCUGGAUGCCUGUCUCUUGUUAAGCCGUAUAAGCUAUACAUAUUAUGUUUGCCUUCCUUCUUCAAUCUGUAAGGGAGAAGGGAUGGUGCAUUAGCAAGAGCACUCCCCUCCAAAUAACGUACCAUGGGUUUGAAUCCCAACAUUGACAUCAUAAUUAUGCGAGAUUAGUUUUGAGAGGUUUCUCUCAAGGGAGCAUAGUUUUCCACUAUAAAGUGUCCAAAAUUCCAAUGGAAGUGUCUCCAAUCAGUUGGAGACAAUUAGACUUGUCACAAGUCAACUGCGUGAGUGCCUAAGGCACAAGGGACGCUAGCAAAGUGAGCGAAAGCAAGCAACAUAAGUUGCAAGUUGACUUAUUCCAUCUGCAGAAGAUUGAAUUUAAUUUUAAUAAUGUUGGUGUGAAAGAAUGGUUCGUUGUGUAAGUUUGACAGCCUGCUGAAAUAAACAGUUCUCAUGACUGGAUGUUGACUGACUGGAGAUUACCUGACCUAAAACAAAACUGUUUCUGCUUUCCACUUUCUUAAGUCAGUCCUGGGGUCAAUCUUUAACCAAAAUCAGGGCUUCUGAUAUUUCACGCGGUCGCGGAGCCGCGAAAUUCAGGUAAAUCCGCGAAAUCCCGCGAAAUUCACAAAAACACGCAAAAUACUGUGAAAUUCGGUACAAAUCUUAUCAAAUACAUGUCUGUACAGCAAUUUUGAAACUUGUCUCCACUACUGGGGGUAUUUACUUGCCGUAAACUCGCAAAUUCAUGUCAAAACUUCGUCACUGAAACGUGCAAAGAACGUUCCAAAACUACCAGGUGUAGAUUAUGUUGCAAAAAACUGGGCACUAGCCAUGAUGUUAAAGGCUUUGCCAUUGGUUCAUAUCUGGAGCGUAUUGUUGUUGAAAGAACAAAUGAUGACCUCUGUUAGAAAAACAUUAAAAACGCUGGUCUGAUCAGCGCAAAACCGAUCGAUUUCUAGCGAAAUUUGCCCAGAAAAUAACCACAAAAUCCGCUGUUUUUUUACCGAUUGCUUUCCAGCCAAGUUUGCCCCUAAAAUUCCCGCGAAAUCGGCCGAUUUUCCACGAGUUUGUCCCUAAAAAUCCUGCGAAAUUGACUUUUUUUUCCGCGACCUAUCAGAAGCCCUGCAAAAUUGAAUGAAGCAACUUGCAUCUUGUGUGUAAAGUCUUUGAAAUUUGAAUUUUCACUGAAGUCUUCUUAUGGACCAGUCUAAGACGUCAGCCCUCAUGAUCGUAGAUUUAAUAACGAAAACUGUUCGACUGAAAUUAUUUGUGAAAACUGUGCCAGAAGCAAUGAAAAUGUAGUGGAAAAGGUCCUUUGAAUGAAGGAACAAUAUUUAAUGCCUCGUUCAAAGAGAAGCUGGCAGCAGACGUUUCUGCUGUUGUAUGCGAUAUGUUUUCAAACAGUGAGAUGUGAAAUGUCAGUCUUUUUCCUGGAUUUGGCGAUGCAACCAUCAAGAAAUUCAAAGAAAUCUUGACCACUAACACACCCUUCUACCACUAUGCUUUGAUUCUCUCUAAUUUAUUUGAAGCCUUGUUUGAAGCUAAGUUUCCUUAGACCUGCUGGCGUUAAAUCCCUUUGUGAAUGUUCCUUUCUUACGCUUCCUUCACUUCAAAGCCAAGCGAGUGCCAAGCCAAGGAAGCGCCUGGAUCAAGUUAAGUUUGCCAAGAACUAAUGUCACAAGAUCACACUGCCGACCAGAAAACUGGUCAGUCAAAAAUAGCAUGCUGCAGGCGAGAAAAGUCAGUUUCCCGACUGACCACCUAACCAGCAGAAACCGGAAACAACUUUGAGAAAGUCUAGGAGACAAUAUAAUAUUAUCAUUAGCAGGCCUCGCUUUUGUUACACACUAAAUAAAUCUUUGUUGUCGUUUUAUUGUUCAUCCACAUUAUUGUUGCCGUAGCACAGAUGCAGUCAGUUUAAUAUAAACCACGAUUCAGAUCUAGGGGUCAUAUGUCUUGUAACCUGAGAUCAGGCCCAAUUUUAGCAGUUCUCAUACAUUCUCUCUAACGGCUACUGCUAAAAUUGGGCCUGAUACAAACUAGUUGUUUGCCUUCGCGUUUUGUAAAAUAUAAACCAGGAAAACUGGUGUCCUCACUCAUUGGCUGUUUGCUUUUGUUUUUAAAGAUUUAUGUACUGAAAAUCAGGGAAAAUUGCCGAGGAAAAUAUUAAGGCAACAGAAAACUAGAAAUUUCAGUAUUUUAAGUUUGAGCGCGUCUAGCCAAAAUAAUAAAACUAGUAGAACAUCGUGUCGCCGUCUUUUCGAAACUUUUUACCUUCUACGCCAACAGAAAUAACCUUCGAGAUCUCCCUUAAUCUCGCAAGAAGUUAAAUGUGAUUGUGCUGACUGUUUUAUUUUUAGAUGAAAAAAUUAACAGAUAAAAGCUAUUUUUAAAGUCAGCCAGUCUGUAUUUUUCUCACGCGUGAAAAAUUUGCCUACUAGAAAAACAAGCAACGAAAGUAAUUUUGGUUGACUGAUUCGGCAAAUGUCAAUCAAUCAAAAAAGUGGGCGGCAGACGUUUCGUAGAAGGUUUGUAUCAGGCUCUCUUUUCGUUUCGCCAUGCCCGCCGGAACAUAAUUUUCAAAGUGAAAUGAAAAUAGAGCCUGAUCUCAGGUUACAUGUCUUGUGUUUCACUUGCAUACUGAAUGUAGGAUCACAGUUUUCUUUGAAACUAACCCCUUAUCUCAUUUAGUCUGACUGAAUGCAGUAUUUGUUCAUUCUUUUCAGGUCGCACUAUGUAUGUAAUGGCAUUCAGUAUGGGACCUGUUGGAUCACCAGUUUCUAAGAUUGGCAUUCAACUAACUGACUCUUCCUAUGUUGUGUGUUCCAUGCGUAUUAUGACGCGGAUGGGUGCUGAUGUGAUGAAAGUUCUUGGUGAUGGUGACUUUGUGAAGUGUCUUCAUUCAGUUGGUGUACCUAAACCUGAACCACCUUCCCAGUACAAAUGGCCUUGCAAUCCAGACAAAACUAUUAUCUCACACUUUCCCCAUGACCGUGAGAUCAAGUCAUUCGGUAGUGGUUAUGGAGGAAACUCUCUUCUGGGAAAGAAGUGCUUUGCUCUCAGGAUUGCAAGCACCAUAGGUCGUGAUGAAGGAUGGCUUGCAGAGCACAUGUUGGUAUGAUAAAGAUUAAUUUAAACAAAUCUGAAUUCCUUGAUUAUUAUGUUGUUCUGGUAACUUUCAUGUCUAAUGUUCAUCAAAAUGAUAUAGUUUGUAAUUAAGGGGAACUUUGAGACAGUCAUCUGCUGGGUUCUUCCUUACUUGAUAGUACAGCUUAUGGAAACUUUUUCUUCAUUUAGAUAUUAGCUCUUACAAGUCCCAAAGGAGAGAAGAAAUAUAUUGCUGCUGCAUUCCCCAGUGCUUGUGGUAAAACUAAUUUAGCCAUGAUGACACCAACGUUACCUGGCUGGAAAGUUGAUUGUGUUGGAGAUGACAUUGCUUGGAUGUGGUUUGAUGAAGAAGGUCAGCUGCGAGCUAUCAAUCCUGAAUUUGGAUUCUUUGGAGUUGCACCAGGGACAUCAGACAAGACAAACCCAGUUGCCAUGAAAAGUGUCACUAGUGGAACCAUCUUUACAAAUGUGGCUCUAACAAGUGAUGGCGGCUUUUGGUGGGAAGGUAAUCAGAAAAGUGCAGUGUACGAGCAUACAGUAGUUUUCAUGUUCCCUUCAAUGUGCUUCUUAAAAACCUUCAAUGAUUGAAAAUACAUUAAGUAGCUGGUAGCUUAAACUAUUGUUACUUUCUGCCUCCCAUGGAACAAAGUUAAACAUUUUGUGAAAGUUAGGUCUGUAAAGCCAUACUUUCUGAAGGACAGCAGGAACAUUAUCAUGAAUUUCCAGAGAGGAUGUUUUCUGGAAUUGUACCCCACAAUCCUGGUUUGUUGUGCUCUUAUUCUUAUUUAUCAACUGAUGUUGGUACACUCAGUACAUGUAGUUUACUCCAAAGAAUUUUGGGCUGAUGUGGGAUAAUACCCAACAGGGUUCUCAGGGUUCCGGCAACCAGCUAAAAAAUCAGUUUCUUUGAAUAUUGAGCCAUCUACGUUUUGGGGAUAAAGGGUAGUCUGUACAUAUCAGGUCAGAGAGUGAAAGUGUGAAAUUGUCUUCAGUACUCAGCUGUCUAAUUGCCUACUUUAACAUCCUAUGUAGCUGUUUACUCUAAAAUUUAAUGACAACCCUGACCCAAAGUUCUGUUUAUCAGAGUACCUGCUAGCAAGGCUAAGAUGUGAAUUGUUGUUGUUUGUUGUACAGGUUUACCCGUACCAGAAAAUGUUAGUAUCACAAGCUGGUUAGCAGAGAAAGACUGGAAGCCUGGCAACACCAAGGGAGCACAUCCAAACUCCAGGUUUUGUGCUCCAAUCAGCAAUUGCCCAGCCAUGGACAAGGAUUGGGAGAAUCCUAAAGGUGUUCCUAUCAGUGCAAUUCUCUUUGGUGGCCGACGCCCUAUGGGAGUUCCUCUGGUUUAUGAAGCAUUCAACUGGCAGCAUGGCGUGUUUAUUGCAUCUGCCAUGUCAUCUGAAGCUACAGCUGCUGCUGAGCAUACAGCAAAAACAGUAAUGAGAGAUCCUUUUGCAAUGAGACCCUUCUUUGGAUACAACUUUGGCAAAUACAUGGAGCACUGGCUGAGCAUGCCAAAGACCAAAGGCCGAAAAAUGCCAAAGAUUUUCCACGUGAAUUGGUUCCGUCUUGAUGAAAAUAGAAAGUUCUUGUGGCCAGGUUAGUACCUAAACAAACCAGUCUCAUAAUUAUUGUACUGAACAGUUAGAGAGUAGUUUGUCAUGGUCUGAUCAUUUAGCUCUUAAAUGUUAGCUUCUUGACCAAAUAAUAGUCAUCCUUUUUUGUCUGAGAUUUUAAACUGAAAGCAUUUUAUGGUUUUGAUGAAGCCAGGUCAAGAUUAACACCUUUUACAAGAAUCAAAGUGAUAUAAUUUCACCAAUAUUAUUACAUUACCCAGGGCUUGAUGUUGCGACCCGUGGGGUCGCCAAUGUGACCAGCUUCUACUCAGUGGCGACUAAAUUUUCACGCCUGGUCGCCAAUCUGGCCCCCAAGAUAGGUGACUUUCUUCUCUGGGAAAACGUACACUAAUGAUAAUCUGUUAUCCUUCACAAAACCAACAGAUAGCAAACGGUUUUGCUAACGCUCUAACGUUUUGCCCAAAUGCUCUAACGGGUUGUCAAAACGUUUUAAUGAUUUCUUCCAACACUCUAACAUAUUGUUCUUAUAAUCUAACAGUUGGUCCGUCUAAUGUGCGACUUUUACUUGAAAGAGGAUUGUGAAAAUCACAAGUGAUGAAUUGUGUAGUUCCAGAAAAUAUCCAUACCCCCCCCACGGAGGGUCACGGAAUUUCCUAGGGGUAGGGGGGUCUAAAAGAGACAAAUUUCUGAAGGGGAGGGGGGUACAUAAAGAGUUUUUCUUUCCAGAGGGUUUGAAAUGCGAUCGAAUGAACACUUACGUAUUUUUCCAAUUGAUUCGGGGUAGCCAAGAAAAACCAAAAGUUCUAUCCGUGGAAAUAGACGUAGGAUUCCUUGUCAUAUAUUUUCUAUUAUUAUCCCGGCGCCAGAUGACACGUACAGCUCCGAGGCACACCUCUGAGCACGUUCGACGUCGAGUCAAACAAAAUGGCUGACUAGAAAUUUCCCGCGAAUUUCAAAGCUUCAAUAACUAGAUUAUCGCAUAGUUUUAUCGUUUUCUGUGUAGUUACGAGUUUGGAAACGUUAGCAAAGUCGAUACGAUGCCAUUUGUUUUAAGCAUAAUUUUUUUGUAACCGUGAACAGCGAUGAGAGACGGCGAAGAUUUCAUUUCGUUGUUUAGUUACCGGAAUGAACUUGAAAAGUACGUUUUACACAUGAAAUUAAAAAAAGUUAAAAAAAACUGUAAGGCGUGAAAUUUACUAUCAUUUACAAACUACAGAGAUAAAGCGUACAACUUUAUUGAAGUAUUCCUGUUGAAAGACGAACUUAAGUUUUUAAAAAACAUGUUGCGUGACGGAUUAUGAUUCCCGCUGAUAAGCGAAGUCACUUCACGGCUCCACACAGGAAAACAACAUUUGUUAGCAGUACUGUUCGCACAUUAUACUACAUGUAGAUAAAAUUACACCUGCAAAGUACAAAAAAUAUCAUGGAGAUUAGCAUCGAGUCAAUUCCUGAGUUUUGCUUCGACAGCAAAAACAAGAAUGAUGUUUAAAGUAAUUCGAUACGUUGUUUCGUCUAUGCAUAAAUUACAAACUUCGACUAGGUUACAAAACGUUGAUGAUACCGUCAACUUUCAGUACUUUCUUAGAUAUUUUUGAAUGAAAUCUUCUGUCAAUUAAGCAGACGAAAGGUCAGCUGCCAGAACUAUAGUGUUAAUAAGCUCAGUUGUUAGAGUUUGAACAUUUCCAAAUAGAGGAAGCGAGAGGCGCGUCUAUUCAUACGUCUAGAAUUUUCCACGGUCAUUUUUAAGAAAAUUAAAUCUCAUAGCCUCCUCCAGCAAUUUUGUACCUUACCUAGCGAAUAUCUCCAUAAAUAAUGUUCCAUGAAAUAGCAAGUGUGGUAUGGCCAAAUCGCUUACGUGAAAAUUAUGCCGCUUUACGUCUUCAUCUGAAUUGUAACUAUAAUUGGCUGCGGCUAAAUUUUAUUUCGGCACUAAGUAGACCAAAAUAAAUCAAUGAAGUCUUUUUAUUUGUGGAUUUGGAAUUUCCUAGGGGUAGGGGCGACCAAGUGAAAAAAUCAUGGAAAUUCCAGGGGGUAGGGGGGAGCAACCUGAAGCCCUCUGGAACGGAAAAUCCGGGGGGGUGGGGGCUCAAACUGUAAACAACCCUCCGUGGGGGGGGUAUGGAUAUUUUCUGGAACUACACAUUUGACGGAAGUCCUAUAGACUUUUAGGCAGAUCGAUCGCAAUUCUCAACAGGUCGUCCGGUGUUUCUCUGGGAAUGACUUUUAGCGCAUCGAUUUCAAACAAUCUUUUAAUUUCGAACAUGUAUCUCGAUUGUGGACUUGAUGGCCGAUUAAUCUGAUAAAAGCUUAAGCUAAUUGAGAACGAACGGCUCUUAUUUCUCGAGCUUCUUAUUGAAUUUCUGUUGAGCUUGAUGACCCCAAUAAAAGCUCUGCCCUAUUUUAUUGACUUCUAGUGAAGUACCGUUGAACUCAUGCUGUUUGUCUCACAGACUUCUUGCGAAAUCAACUUCUUUGCCCGAUGCAUUAGCGACGUUUCCUCUUUGUGGAGACUUUUGAUCAUGUGCUAGGCAACCGCGAAAUAGAUCAAGUUUCACCUAUGUUCAUUUCUGAUCAUGCAAAUGCAUGGGAUGCAAAACAAACUUUGCAGAUUUUGUUCUUUAAUAACCCAAAUAAGUUUUUUUGUGAUUUCCAAAGUUUUCUUAUGUAAAUGUGUAUUCCAUUGCUUGAAUACUUGUUUGAGUAGAUUAACACUAGAGUGCGGGUUCAUUUUCCCGAACACCAGCUGGUAAUCGAGCCUCUAGCGAAAACUGUUCGAAGGAAAGUUCAAAGGAAGUCUAAAGAAUUCUUUAUCUGGCAAGGCUAAGUAAAAGUUGUUAAGUUUAUUGUAUGCCAUUAGUUCUUACAAUAAUAUAAUUUUUGGCGACUAGGAAUACUUGUUCUGGCGACCAAAAAUGAAAACUUGGGGGCCAGCUGGCCCCAAGAUUUUUUUUCUGAAAGUCGAGCACUGUUACCUGAAUAUUUCAGUCUUAUAUGUAUCUAUAAACUUGAUGUAAUUCUUUUUUAUGCAAAGUGCUGACAACAUUAUCUUAAACUCCAUUGUUGCUUUUAUUUUGAAGGAUUUGGAGAAAACAGCCGUGUUUUGGAAUGGGUUAUUAGACGUUGUAAUGGAGAGGAUAUUGUUGAUGUUAGUCCCAUUGGAUUCAUCCCAAAGAGUGGUACAAUAAACACAGAGGGCCUGGGAGACAUAAACAUGGAAGAGUUGUUUAGCAUUCCUAAAGACUACUGGCUGGAGGAGUGUCAGUCUGUCCGUCAAUACUAUGAUGAACAGCUAGGAGAAGAUUUACCACAAGCUAUUUUAGAUGAAUUAAAUGCCCUUGAAUCAAGGCUAAAUGCACUUUAAAAGGCUCUCUUGAGAGUAAUAGAAAAUAAUGAGCAUUGUGCUGUUGAAAAAUCUAAAUUAUAUUCAUUUUUUUAUUUACUGUACAUCCAGCAACUAUGAAAAUCCUGGUGAAGACUGAGUUAAUAUUGACAGGAAAAAGAACAAGGAAUCGUGAAAAAAAGUGAAAUUCCUUGCUGGCUGUGCAAUGGUCUGGAUUAUUUACAAUUGUUUGAUCCUUGCGGAGGGAGGGUCAAAAAGUGCUUAGUUUAGUAUGUCUGAAAUUCCUUGUGUCGUCAAACAAAUAGCAUGGUUCAUGACUCACAGAUUCUGAAAUCACCAAGCUGCUGUGAAGAAGACUUAAAAAUCAUUAUGCAGGAUUUUUAAAUGCUUGGAGCUCUGUUACAGCGCACCCUACAUGUAAAGCAAAUUAUCUUGAAAAUGCUGCAGUGUUUUUAACAGGUUAGGUGUCCAGUUUUUGUAGCUUGUCAUUUCAUGCACAGACUCUACUUUUGUGCUAGUGAGCACUUAAAGGUAAUGCAAUCCUCCGUAAUCCCAAAAAUCUUAUUAUUUUUGCUAGUUCUAAGAUAAUAUUGUAAUAUUUCAUAAUUAAAUAUGAUAGUACUAGGUGCAAAUUUAGGCGUAAUUGAAUGAUGAUUUGGCAAGUUAAUUAUCACCGACAUUUAGUUAGCACUUCUUCAAUGUAUUUUGAAAAACACUGAUAUUAUGUAAAUCAGAACAAAAACAAAAAGAAUACACACUGUAGUUCCUUUCAUGGACAGAGGACUUUUUGAAUGGCCCAAGCUGUUUUGAGAUAGGUGAUCAUAAUAGAAAAAUAAAAUGUAUGGAACAACCCCAGAAGGAGCUCAUGGUUUCCUUCGGCAUUUGCGGGAGAUCUGAGAAAAUGGCACAAGACAGCAUGUAGAUAUGUUUGCAAGUGUUAAAGACAGCAGCAAAAGUAGAUUUGACAGCUACAGGGUCAAAAUUGAAGCAAUACUGUGUGCUGGUGUCAUCGUAGCUAAGUGACUUCAUUUCUUAAUUUCUAAUUCUGAUAUUUCAGUGAAAAGUUGUUUCCCAAGUGUUAACAAAAAUUAUUAGUAGUAAUUAGUAUUGCACGUGAACUCUAUUCAGACUGAAGUAGACAGUAUUUCUAGCUAAUAUUAUUAUAUACAACAAGUUGACUUUGAUAUAAUUAAUGAAAAGUUUUCUUUGCUGUUGUAGUGGUUGUUUUAAUUUUACCUUUCCCAAGAAUUGACUUCAUCUCUGUAAAAACUAGGCACCACCACAAAGAUGUUUGUAUUUAUUUGACUUAUUAAAAUUAAUUGAUCAUGUCCCAAAUUACAUUUCAGGAUAGUAGUGUGCAUUUUUCUGCUUUUUUGACAACCCCUCUCUAAACAACCUUGUAUAUCUUUUUUGUGUCAUCAAUAACAUUAUUUUAUUGUUAAGCAUUUGGUAGAGUGGUGCACGGGGUAACAAAUUUUUUAGGUUGCUAGUAAAAUUCAUCUCUACAAUAAGAACUGGUAAAGGAAGAUUUACUUGUCAAUAAAAAUGUUCUCUUUGCUUC